AGGAGCUUCAUUUUCUUCAGCCUUGUGCCAGUCUCAUAAACUCUGUCUGAACCUGCCACUUACACAAGACGCUCCCACACACUCGUAUAAGUACCAGACGACUUUUUUUGGUCGAGUAGUUUUUUUUUCUUUUUUUCUUUUUAUAUUUAGCCCAUGCUUGCAUCUCCAGAGGAAGGAAGGAUGAUGUUUUGAAAAUGCCUCAAGUCUCUCCUUUUUUUGCAGUUUGUUUGCAGGUUUUUAACUUCGAGUGAGCCUUUUUCUAGCCGCUAGUUAGCCGUUUUGCAACUUUUUUAUAUCUAUUUUUAAUCUGUUUUGGCUAACAGCGUGAUGACGAGUAAAUCCUGGCUGAUUCCUAAAGCGGCAAUACUGCUGCUCGUCAUAACCUGGAGAGAGAACAUGUUUUGUGAUGGAUUGACAGUCGCAGUGGACCCCCCUGAAGACCUCAUGGUGUCGGACCUUGGUCUUCUUGGACAUCUCGAGAUUACAUGGAGCCCCCCAGCCAGCUUGAUAGACGUGACAGAGUGCCAAAAAAUGUAUCAGCUGGAGUAUUUCAACACCUACAGAGACAGCUGGAGCGCCGUCAGGACACCUAAGAGGAAGUACAGGGCCCAGUUUGAUCUCAUGAAAGAUGUUAAAGUGAGAGUGUACACUAUGCUGAGUGGACCUUGUACAGGUGGCGCUGUGGUCAAAAGCAAAAACUACACCGAGCUCAUCCAGAAACCUUCAAGCACAGGCGCUGUGGGAACAGCAGUCCAAAAUUUUGUAUGUGUGUACCACAACUUGAACUACAUGGAGUGCAAGUGGGGAAGAGGUCCAAAGACGCCAACAAACUCACAGCAAAAUUUGUAUUUCUGGUACAAAGAACUUGAGCAGGCAGAGGAGUGCCCGAAAUAUCUAGCCUCAAACGGGUAUAGGAGUGGCUGUAAUUUCACUGGAAUAUCUCUCCCUGAUUUCACUGAUAUCAUCAUUUGUGUGAAUGGCUCUUCGCCAGAAGGGCUCCUGAAACCAACCUACACCUCCCUGCAAAUCCAGAACCACGUGAAGCCUGAAACCACAAAGACGCUGCAUCUCCAAACAGGUCCAGACGAGAGGUUGGAGCUUCUCUGGGACCAUCCUGAAAGCCAGAUUCCUGUGCACUGCCUAGAAUGGGAGGUGGAGCGCUAUCAAGAGGGACCUGAAGGAAAAAUAACGUCGGAGCCGAUUUUCACCAAAGAGAUGAGUCUAACUCUGCCCUCGGGUCUCGACAACAGAAGAAACUGCUUCAGGGUUCGAUCCAAAUUGGAUAAAUAUUGUGCCGACAAAGGAUUUUGGAGUGAGUGGAGUCCUGAGGCCUGUUAUCCAGCCACAUCAGCCAGUCCUCAGUGGAAACAUUAACUUUGUGGAUUACCAGCCGGAAAAGCCUGAUGUCAUCAAAGAACAAGAAAGAUGCCAUGGUUGUCUUCUUCUGAAGGGAAGGCCAAAAGAUUAAAGUUUUAAAGGGCUUUAUUCCAGGAAAAUAUGGACAAAAUGGUGAUCUGGUGAUGACUGUCUGUAUUUUUGAUCUCUUAAAAAGAGAAAUGCAUAGCUCAUAAGGCCUAAGUUCCACUUUGUGUCAGUCUGUUAUUCAUUUAAUUAUUGAUUGUUAAUGGAUUUACUUUCUAACCUUGAUUUGACAAGAAGAAGAAAAAAUCUUGCCCUUGUUACCUGAAAAUUCCACAUGAUCAAUACGUCACAUAAGUGUUGCAUGCCUGCCCCAGUUUUGCUCCAACUGCCGGUGCAUAUCCUUGCUCACUGAAUAGGUUCAUGGAGUGAUGCUCAGCCACAUGCAGCCUUGAGCAGUUGGAGACUAGAGAUCGCAAGAUCAUCAAGAUAUGAGUUCACAUGGGAAUUGCAAGAUCAAAUGAGUCCAAUGUGACAGUAGUAUUGAAACUACAGAUUCAUUUUCUUUCUAAGGUUCAUUUCAAUUUCAUUCUUUAGGAUUUUUUUGCUUCUAGUAUGGAUGAGUACAUGACAGAGUUUAAAAUGACCUGUUUUCUAAAAAGGAUGUGUAGUACCACUUAAAAUUCUGUGAUUUUAAACCUCAGAAAUUAGUUUAUCUUUGUCCAUGGUCUCAUAUAACCUCUGACCAACUUAUGACCUGUGCAUUGUGCCAGUAAUUAUGAUGAAAUGUUGAUAAAGUGGUGAGAUUUACUAGUGGGGGUCAGUGCAUUGUGCUGUGUUUUGAAGCUAGCAGGAUACAUUGAGUGUUCUCACUCCUUGGGUGAGGAAAUGGCGCUUCUUUCACACAUGGGACCAGAGCGCCUGCUGUGGAACUGAAAAACUUGAUGAGAAGGAGUGAUUUGCUCUGGAGUUUGCAUUUUAAGUGGAUCACUUGGCAGGUGGAGUAUGUGGAAUUUGAGGGUUGUACUACUAUUGUUGGUCAGUCUACAAUGGUUGCUUGUAUUUACAUCAUCAAAGUAAAAGUGGAAGUAAGCCACAAUGUUUCCGUCCUUUUAAGAUAUAAUAUGUGACUUUUAAAGAACAGGUCCAGUACAUGCUGCACUUUAGCACCAAUCUCUCAAGUUUUUCUCUGCAAUAGCUUGACUGUCCACUUCACCAUUCCCCCUCGUCUUCCACCACUCCCUUAGUGGUCCAAUUGUGUGCAGCUGUUUGUUGAACUCUUCUCCAUUCAGAUAUAUAGACCAAACUUGAUUUGGUUAUUCUUUCAAGAAUUUAGACAGAACAAAAACUUUUCUUUGGUUUUGAAAGACAAAACAGUAGUAUAUCACCACUCUCCUUCCUCACAUGCUGGCUGGUCUAACAAAUGGAGUAGGAGAUAUUAGCAUAUUAAAAAAUACAUACAAAACAUGUUUGAGUUUCUGAGCGAAACAUAACAAGCUGAAAGAAGCACUGUCUCAUCAGUGUAAACUCAAAGCUAGAAACAACAAACCCCAACGAAGUUUAAUUUCACUGUCUUGUUAGAAAGUUAUGACUCAGUUAUGUAUUUUUGUAUUUAUAUUUGAUAUCUCUUACAUUUAAAAUGUUGCAUAUUAUACCUUUAAUUGUCACUGAAUUCUAAGGGAAAUGGGGUAUGUUUUUCUUUGUUAAAGGGGCAUUUUAGCUAUUUGAGAUGCUGUAUUUAUGAAGAUGCUCGGCAAAACAUCCUGAUCAGGCUUUGUCUUUAAAUGUAAGAGGGUGGGUGAAGUUUAGGGCAUCUUAAAGACUAUGUUUUUGUUUGCACUUUACUGUAUGUGCACUGGUUGUAAACCAUGUCUAUUAACACUGCACACUGAUGCACAUUGUUAAUUUAACCUUAUUCACCUCAUGUUGAUGCUGAAUUUGGAUUUUUCAUUUGCGUGUUGACAAAUUCUGAAAUAUCUUGAAUGAUUUGUGUUUACAUGGUUGACUACUUGCCAAAUAAUUCUCUUGCCUCUGACCUGGUGAUGUCGAUAAAAUUGCUAUGCACUGAUCUAAACUGUUUGUCACUUCUGGUUUUUAAAUGAAGGUCAGUGGUACCUCGCUUUGUGAAGUCAGAAUGUUUUUAAAGAAUAAAAGGAUCUGUACUGUCA